GCUCGACAUGCUAUGUACGCAAAUAUGCAGACGUACUUCUCGUUGGCAGAUGUUCGAGCUCAUGUUCGGCCGGCGGCCAUCGCAGACACCGCACUGCUCGUCUGCGAAGACGGCGGCUAUCAGCGCUCGAAGCUGGCGGCAGCGGGAUACUGCCGCAAGCUUGUGGUCCCCAGCGAUGAGAGCGCCACUUGUCUUCAUCCGGAGUUCUUGUCCAACAUCCGCUCGCUGGCCCGUCGUGCGAGCACUCAUCCGACUUCGGUGACAGCAGCAGA